UCAGAGGAAGAGGAGAGAAUGGGGUCAACCUCAUGUGGUGCAAUAUGAUUAUCAAUAUUGUAGCAAUCCUAGAAGAAAUCCAAAAUUAAUCCUGGACCCCCCCGACUCCUUUUCUUCUCAGUAAACAGGGCCUUAUAAGUUUCUUCUUUCCCCAACCAAUUUGAUUUCAACUUCUGCUAUAGAAAACCUGUGAAAUUGCUGCAGAUUCUUCGGCAAACUGCUCGAAAAGCAAAUUCACCGAUUUUGAUUUUUUCUUUACUGAUACCAAUUUUGUUACGCAAUGGAAACGGCGGUUGACGAGGGUUCCUCUUUGGGUUUGGGUAUGAGUAGCGCUUCAAAUACGGCGUCUUCUGCUUCGACUCCCAUAGACUCGUCCAACAUCGGUUUUCAGCUGUUGAAGAAGCACGGUUGGAAAGAAGGGACCGGCCUUGGUGUUUCCGAACAGGGCAGGUUGGAGCCUGUACAGGCUUUUAUUAAGAAAAAUAAGCGAGGUUUAGGAGCUGAUAAACCAAAGAAGGUGUUAAAGCACUCGAAAAUCCAUGAUGAGGAGGAACCAAAACCGCCUAAAAGUAAAACAAUGGGUAUCUCCAAAAAGAUGAAGAAAAUGCAAGAGUUUGAAAAGCAGCUGCAAGAGAAGGAAUUUGAUCGAGCCUUUUUCAGGGAGUUCUGGCCAGAUAACGUUUGACAUCUUUGUUUCCUGGGUUAAUGCUUUAGGGCAUUGUACAUAUGAUCGUAGAAGCUUGAGCUUGCACAAUGAAGAGUACUACUAGCCUGUAGAUUAUGUCUGUACUUUGAUUGAAUUCAUUCCUUUCCAUUGUUAAUGGAGAGGCAGGAUGCCAAGAUUAUAUA